AUGGCUGUGUACAACGCUGUGAGGAUGUCCCAAUUGCUUUAUUUUGUGCUUGAUGCAGGGCUGCUGGCUGUAGGACAGUUUCAUCGGCCUUAUCAACGAGACAGCUUAUUUCCUUACUCCUACAUCUCAGCCUCACCGCAGAGCCUCAGCUCCUUACCAGCAAAAAGCUCAGAUCGGACUCCAAUCCCUUCCAGAACAUGGCAGAGUUCUCUUGGGCUGCUUCCAGGACACAAGGCGUCCGCAGCCUUCCCAGACAAGGGGAUUGCCUUUCCCAUAUUCCAGAGGCUUCCGACAGAGGUCACGUACACCCUGCAGUCCAGUGCCUCUCCUGUGCCACUUCAGCAGGUCUCUCAAGCCAUUGCCACUUCCCCUGCAAAGUACAGCAGCUACACGUCUCCCCUGCACUACUCACAAGCCUAUUAUCCAACAGCUGCACUGCCUUGCUGCUCCCCUGCUACCCACAUCAGCCCUCUGACUUGCUGUGCGAGUCCUACAGCUCUGACCUACACCCACUGCAGCUUCUUCCAGAGUCCUCCAAUGCAGACACCUUACGCAGUUGAGUUCCUGCCCUCUAACUGGCCAUACCAUACUGAUGAAAGCAAGAAGACAGAAGUAAAUCUUGAAGCUGUGUUUCAGAUUGUUGAUGAAAUGCGUUCGUCUCCAAAAGCCGGAACAGUGAAAGUGGAGCCUGUGGAGAACCAGUGGUCAAGCCCUCAGUCCAACAGAGGUCAGCCACUGCUAGCUGAUACUGAGAACGACGAUCCGCCUUCAGAUGACGAAGGCCAGCUGGAACCUCUCACCCCUGUGGUGUCAGACAUUGCAUCGUUUGUGGUGGGAGAUCAAGAGGUAGCUUGCUCUCUGUCACAGCCCUCGGAAUACUUCUACGCUCUCCAUACGGCUGCGUCUGUAGAAUGUGCAGCUGCUCAGGUAGUGAGAGAACCUGCGGCCACGCAGGAAGCACGAGCAAAACUGAGAGAAGAGCCAGACCACCUCCCUGCUCAGUUCUCAGCCAUGAUUGUUCGGGAGGUGCAGUCGUUCAGUCCACAGAAGGUGGAUACUAGUGUUAAAUGUCCAUUCCUGAGGUCAGAGGCAGAAGAGGUGGGAUGCCUCUCGUCAGAAACUGGGCCUGUGAAGAAAUCUGUAGAAAACACUGUUUCAUCUGUAAAAACCAGAAACAGAGAGAGAAGGAACAGUUCGCAGGAGUACAAGUCCCCGGAUCUCCAUCUGCUGGUGGAUGUCGCUUGCAAGCAGGAGCACUUUCCAAAGGAAGAAAUAAGAGAGUGAGAAGUGGGUGACAAGUACGUGACAACGUGCAGCAGCUGCCAGCUGGGUUCUCUUGUCAGACUCAGGCAGCGCAGUGCACACAGCAGCACUUUGGAUCGUUUCAGCUGUUGGAAAAAACCAACACCGACAAAAAGGCACUAUUUUUUAACAACUUUCACUCCGUUGGAUAUUGGUCACCCCGUGGUUUUUUACACCUCUUUCAUGACGUUUUCUAGCUGACAAGUUACAAAGCAUCGAGUGGUCAGAACUUUCAAUAUGAACUAAUUAUUAGCUGCUCAUCUUCUCAGACUUGAACUCCUUGUAACUGGAGCAACCUUGAGAGCUUUGUCUGAACCUUUCUCACUGG